AUGGACCCCCGACCAGAGAUCCAGAGGGCGAAAGAUACAAAGUCCAUUGAAGCUCCAACCACAGCUGUCUCAAACCCAUGUUUGGAUCCCAUGACAUUGGCAAUGGACGACGAUCACUGUACGCGAGACAACAGUAAAGCAACUGUAUACUUUUCCGGUCCCGUUUCAGAUCACUACACAGGCAGUGGGAACGUAACGUUAAACUCGGAGUAUAGCAAUUUCUCAAGCAAUGCUGGCAAUGAUAACCUUAACGGAGGCCGCAGUGUACAUAUUACCGGGUAUGUGGCAAUGUCUUCCCAAGUGACUAGCUUACCUGAGGAUCCCAAGAAACACGAUUGUGAAAGGAUCAACAAUCAUCACACCUCUGAGCCGUUUUCUGAGGCAGUUUGUCAACUUCAAACUAACCAUCGUCAACCAGAAACGUCACUCUGCGAAGAAACCGGGAAGUCACUUGUUCGCCAGCAUGAUCCGCUAGAUCGUGGACAUUCACAUCCUGGAGAAAAAACGAAUAAACGUAAGCAUUGCGAUAAAUUCUUAUCUACUCAGUCUUGCGUCACAUCUCAUGACUGUCCACAUCCUGAAGAGAAAUCGCUCGAUUGUAACUUGUGUGAUAAAACGUUCAAUAGGCGAUCUGAUCUUACCCGUCAUGGACGAGUUCACUCUGGAGAGAAACCGUUUCCGUGCAAAUACUGCGCCAAGCCGUUCUGUGACAAAUCCGCUCUAAAUGUUCAUGAACGUAUCUAUACCGGGGAGAAGCCGUUCAUGUGUGGUUACUGUGAUCAAAUGUUUCCCCGUAAUACCCAUCUUAGAGUUCAUGAACGUAGCCAUACUAGAGGGAGACCAUACAAGUGUAAAUCGUGCGAGAAGUCAUUCACGACGAAAUCACAUCUCACCCGGCAUCGACGCAUCCGUACUGGUGAGGGACCAUACAAGUGUAAAUCGUGCGAGAAGUCAUUCACGACGAAAUCACAUCUCACCCGGCAUCGACGCAUCCGUACUGGUGAGGGACCAUACAAGUGUAAGUCGUGCGGCAUGUCAUUCAAGAUGAAAUCAAAUCUCACAGUGCAUCAACGCAUCCAUACUGGAGAGAGACCACACAAGUGUAACUUGUGUGACAAGUCAUUCAAGACGAAAUCAAAUCUCACAGUGCAUCAACGCAUCCAUACUGGUGAGAAACCAUACAAGUGUACAGUAUGUGGCAAAGACUUCCAAGCAAUGUCAACUCUCGCAAAUCAUCAACGAAUCCACACUCCUGAGAGAACCUGA